GCAAACAAGUUUCUCUCUUCCCUUAUUUCGUUUGAUUGUUUUUUAUGUCAUCUUUUUGUUAAUUUAAUUUGAAAGACUAAUAAGGUGCUUUGCAUCCUCUCAGUAUCCUCUGCAUACUGCUUACUAGUAUUUUAAGAUCAAACUGGUUUGAUCAGUCGUGUGUUUUUGUAGUUACGGACACGAAGUCAUAACUUACCCUCGUGACUCAAAGGCUACAUGCCUGCAUUCAUAAGACACCGGAGCACAGAUGGAUGGGAUCGUUCACCUGCAGCCAAAUUAUAGUCAGUCCUUCUCUCUGCACACCAUGGGGUUGUGUUUCUGCCGACAAGCCUUUUCACUUAAGGUUUCGAUUCCCUGCUUGUUGCUCCUGCUUUUCAUUGAUCACCGCAUUAACCAGGCGGCGCGUCCACAAUCCACCCACCCACCUGGGACAGGUGCCAUGAAACUCAGAGGAUCCACCCUCGGACCGGCGGACCCGUCGUCGGGUCCCACCUGUCGAUCUGGCUUUUACGCCGAAGAGGAACUGAGGCCUCACCUUCGGAGGCCCCGUCAGGAUCCUGGGUCACCGGGUGCCGGCGGCAAAGCGUUUUACCGGAAGCUACUGGCGCCCGGGGAGCUGAGCGAGAAGCUAGCUGGGUUCCAUAAGAACCAGUUUAACCAGUUCGCCAGUGACCGAAUAUCCCUGCACCGGGAACUGGGCGAAGACACGCGGCAUCCAGAUUGCUCAAAGCAGAGGUUCCAGCGCUGCCCCGGCCUCCCGACCACCAGCGUGAUCGUGGUGUUUCACAACGAGGCCUGGUCCGCCCUGCUGAGGACCGUCUACAGCGUGCUGCACACGGCUCCUGCGGCGCUGCUCACGGAGAUCCUGCUGGUGGACGACGCCAGCACGGAUGGCGAGUAGACGGCGUGGUCGUAUUGCGUUGCCCGAUCUCAAAAUUCAAUUCAAUUCAAUUCAAUUCAAUUCAUUUUAUUUUGUAUAGCCCAAAAUCGCAAAUUACAAAUUUGCCUCAGAGGGCUUUACAGUCUGUACACAUGCAACAUCCUCUGUCCCGAAACCCUCACAUCGGCACAGGAAAAACUCCCCAAAAUAUGAAAAAAACCCUUCAAUGGGGAAAAAAGGGAAGAAACCUUAGGGAGAACGUCAGAGGAGGGAUCCCUCUCCCGGGAUGGACAGACUGCAAUGGAUGUCAUGUGUACAGAAUCAACAAUGUAAAAGAUGUACAAUACAUUCAAUUUCUCUAACUGAAAUGAUACA